AGAGCGGGUACUGCGAACUGCGUUACUAUGCUAUAGCCCUAAUAUCCACACAUUCGGAAGCAAAAACGUGCAGCCUCUUGAUUGAAUUUAUCUUGUUUACGAAGAUAACUGAACAAACCACUGAGGGGGAGAAAGACAGACUCAUGAGUCGACUUGGAGGACUAGAGCGACGUUAUGGAUUUGACUAAAAUGGGUAUGAUACAGCUCCAGAACCCCAGCCACCCCACUGCCCUGCUGCAUAAAGCAAACCAGAUGCGACUCGCCGGCACGCUCUGUGACGUGGUCAUCAUGGUGGAUAGCCAAGAGUUCCACGCUCACCGGACAGUGCUCGCAUGCACCAGCAAAAUGUUCGAGAUCCUCUUCCACCGCAGCAGCCAGCACUACACACUCGACUUCCUCUCACCAAAGACCUUCCAGCAGAUCCUGGAGUACGCGUACACUGCCACCCUCCAGGCCAAGGUGGAGGACCUGGAUGACUUGCUUUAUGCUGCAGAGAUCCUGGAGAUUGAGUACCUUGAGGAGCAGUGCCUGAAGAUCCUAGAGACCAUCCAGUCCUCCGACGAAAAUGACACAGAAGCAGGGAUGAAUGAUGGCGGAGCAGAGGACGAGGAGGAGCGUAAGUCAGCACGACACGGGAGGAACACCUCCAAGAAGCAUUCCAUGGAUGACAGUGGCGGCUACAUGACGGCCACCCACCAGCAAGUGAUGGGGCUGUCUGGCAUGGUGGACCAGAGCCCCUCAGUGUCCACAUCCUUUGGCCUGCCCACCAUGAGCCCCACCAAAGCUGCUGUGGACAGCCUGAUGAGUAUCGGUCAAUCCCUGCUACAAGGCCAGCACCACAGCGAGUCCCUGCUGCAUGGCAACAUCCAACCUGCAGCAACAGAGCUGAAGCCUGAGAUGAUGCAGGUGGACGAGGGUAGUGCAGGCCCCGAGAGUCCCAGAGCCAUGGAGUCCAGCACCUCCAGCAACGGCGAGCGAAGCGGCGAAGCCGAUAAGAACAAUAGGGACGGGCCGGGCACACCAACCAGGAGCAGUGUGAUCACCAGUGCCCGUGAGCUGCACUACGUGCGGGAGGAGGGUACGGGGGACCAGCAGGCAGACAUCAGCCAGAUGGGCCUGGAAAGCAUGGGUGCCAUGGCAGAGAAACACCUGGCGUCUCUGUACGGCAUGCCUGCCAACCACAAAAAUGAGAGCGUACUGGCCAUGCCAGCAUCUGUGGCGUCCUCUCUCCACAUGUCUCCUGCCCUGGCCAUGUCCAUGGACUUCAAUGCCUACAGUGGCCUACUGCCCCAGAGCCUCAUCCAGAGGGACUUCUUCAACAAGCUUGGUGAACUAGCGGCAGGUAUGAAGCCAGACGGGCGAGGACAGAACGAGCGCUGCAAUGUGUGUGGCGCUGACCUCCCUGACAAUGACGCCGUGGAACAGCACAGGAAGCUGCACAGCGGAAUGAAGACCUACGGCUGCGAGCUGUGUGGGAAGCGUUUCCUGGACAGUCUGCGCCUGAGGAUGCACUUGCUGUCUCACUCAGCUGGUGAGAAGGCCAUCGUGUGUGACCAGUGUGGAGCCCAAUUCCAGAAGGAGGAUGCACUGGAGGCCCACAGACAGAUCCACACAGGUUCAGACAUGGCCAUCUUCUGUCUGCUGUGUGGAAAGCGUUUCCAGACGCAGACGGCUCUGCAGCAGCACAUGGAGGUCCAUGCAGGUGUCCGCAGCUACAUCUGCAGCGAGUGCAACCGCACUUUCCCCAGUCACACUGCACUCAAACGCCACCUCCGCUCUCACACAGGUGACCAUCCAUUUGAGUGUGAGUUUUGUGGAAGCUGCUUUAGGGAUGAGAGUACGCUGAAGGGUCACAAACGUAUCCACACAGGAGAGAAACCCUACGAAUGUAACGGCUGCGGCAAGAAAUUCAGCCUUAAACACCAGCUGGAGACCCAUUACCGCGUGCACACAGGUGAGAAACCGUUUGAAUGCAAGCUGUGUCACCAGCGCUCCAGAGACUACUCAGCAAUGAUCAAGCACCUGCGGACCCACAACGGCGCUUCGCCCUACCAGUGCACCAUCUGCCUGGAAUACUGCCCCAGCCUGUCCGCCAUGCAGAAACACAUGAAGGGCCACAAGCCCGAGGAUAUCCCCCCAGACUGGAGGAUAGAGAAGACCUACUUGUACCUCUGCUAUGUCUGAGCCCCUGCACUCAGCAAGAGAGGGACAGCAGGAGUAGAGGAUGAGGAAGGAAGGGAGAAAGAAGAAAAGAGCUGGAGGGAGAAGGGGCCAGGAGGGUGCUUUGAGGAAAGCACAGAAAACAGUUGGUCAGAAGUCAGGAAAGAUGUAGAAGGCUAAG